GCGCCAAAUGAACCCAAAGUUACAAAUUUUUUCUCUCCUCGCACUAAAGACGACGACCAGUAUCCAGUAAGUAAUAGAAAGAGGAGAGGGAAAGUGAGUGAAAAACAACCAUGGAAGAAGCAUCGCAGGGCGACUCAAAGGUAUUCAGCGUUCGAAUCGUUUCGAUUGAUCACUAUAUGGCUCCUCCAAUUCCUGAUUUCGACAUUUCUUACAGCAGUUUCCAAGGUGAAAAUGUGAAGGAGGUGCCUGUUAUAAGAAUAUUUGGCGCUACUCCUGCUGGUCAGAAGGCUUGUGUGCACGUUCAUCGAGCUUUACCGUAUUUAUACGUUCCCUGCUCAGAUAUACCACUCCAGUUAAAUACAGAAGGUAGUAUUUAUGAGAAUGCUGUAUGUUUUGCUGUUGAGAAGGCUUUGAAGCUCAAGGGCAAUGCUGGUUCAAAAAGGCAGCAUGUGCACCAUUGCUCUGUAGUCCGUGCAAGGAAAUUUUAUGGUUAUCAUUCAUCAGAGGAUCUUUUUGUAAAGAUAAAUCUGUAUCAUCCACAUGAUGUCUCUCGUGCUGCUAAUCUUCUGCUGGGUGGUGCUGUCUUUGAAAAGUGUUUACAACCCUAUGAAUCACAUAUUCCCUUCCUUCUCCAAUUUCUGGUUGACUGCAACUUAUAUGGCAUGGGCCAUAUGCAUCUUUUGAAGAUGAAGUUUCGUCAUCCAGUGCCCAGUGAUCUCCUUGCUGAUAAUGCUGAUAGCUCUUAUCCGGAAGCGUUGGUUUGCAAGUCUUCUUAUUCUCAGGCAGAUGCGACGGCUAGUUCACAUUCAUUUCCACUAGUUUGGAGGUCUUCAACAAUUCCAGAUGAAUGGAAGUGGCAAUAUCCUUCUGUGCGUGGCGCUUCAUCAAGCCAUGUUAACAACAUGGUGAAGCGUCAAAGCAUAUGCGAACUUGAGGGGGAUGCCACUGUGGAAGACAUUUUGAAUCAGCAGUUAAAAAUGUACACAUCCCUCUCACAAACUCGUUCAGAUGUGAGAAUGGUUCAAUCGCUUGUUCCUAUUUGGGAGGAAGAGUUUGAAAGAAGUGGAGUUCAUGAUGCAGAGAUACUGGCUGACCCUUGUAGGCCACCUCCUCAACAUGUUUUGAAAACCUUGUCAAAUGAUGUCGAAUAUCUGGACAAACUGAAGGGUUUAUAUAGCAACUCAGAAAGCAGUUUGUUAGAUACAUCUGAUUAUGUGAAAUCGGUGCUGGCGACACAAUGUCUAAUAGAAGAGGGGAGUAUAAUGGGAACAGGAAACCAAAAAUCAAGUGAGCUAGUAUCAAAUCCCUCUGAAGACGUAAACAUAGUGCAUUGUGGGACAUCACAGCAUUCUGUGCCUGCUGAUGCUGUUGAUGCAUUAUUGGGAAAAAUAGAAGUGAAUGAAUUGGAUACUCUUCAGGUGAUGGAAGGGGUGGAUACAAAGGGUGCAGAUCCAGAGGACAUAGCACUACUGAAGUGGCUCGCUUCUUCACAGGCUGCAGAGGAUAUGAAUUCAGAUGAUGAACUUCACCGGGAUACCAUUCUAAAUCCCUUGCUGCCAGCUGCAACCAUUGAUAAAGUGUUGGAGAUAGUUAAUACAGAUUAUGAGAAUGAAUCUCAGCAAGAGUGUCAGGAUAUACUUGAUUCAAUUGUUGAUGUGUUAAAUUCUGAUGAUAACAAAGGAAAGAGAAAUUGUAUUGGUCAAGAUUUAUCUGGCCCAAAAAUACCGCAGUUCGAUGGCGCUGGAGAUGACAACCAAUUGACUCCUGCUGCUAGUUCACCUGAAAAACUGGACAGUGAAUCGGUGUCUUUCAAGCGCCAUACUUUCCCCAUUUGUAGCUCUAGCUUUGACGACAAGAAAAAAAGGCCCAAAUUACAAUAUGGUCCAUUACCUCUGUCUGAAGUCCAGCAGUUUACUGGCAAUAUUCAUUCUGACCCUUCAACUAAGAAUGCAGAUAGCAGUGGCUGCUGUGUAGUUGACUUGAGAACACAGCUCAGCUGCUCUGUGCGAGACUUGAUGAGGAAAAAGCGAUGCAUCCGGAUUGGAUCAUCUGGGUCAGGAAAAAGUGAGGUGGAAGAAGGUUCUAUAAAGGAUAAGAACAUUUGUCAUCCACGAAAGUUGGAAUUUCAUACAGAGCCAGCAGAAGAGAAAAACUUGCUGGCUGUUGAAUUUCCUGUUUCUAGUCAUGUACAGAUAGACAAACAAACAAAAGCAUGUGAGAUUGGACAAUCUGCCUCUACUCAUUGUCCUGGGGGAAAAGAAAAGCAAGGUAUCGUGAACUCAUCUGUAGCUGAUACACAAUUUGUCAAAGUUGGCUCUGUAGAACAGUAUGCAUCCAUGGAAGAGAAAGAGUCCACAGGAUAUAUCAGCAUGACCUUCCACAAGAAACCUCCCUUAGCUAGUUGGAAGACUGGCACAUCUGAAAACUCAGCAUCAAUACCUGUUCCCUCCAAUUGGUGUUCUGUCAGAGAUGACAGUGGUGAUGAAGGAACAUCAGUGCAGUCUGGGGAUCCGAAAGAUGUUCGUCCAUUCUUUACCGAUUCCUAUAAAGGUGUAUCUGAGGAAUCUAAUGGCUUUGGUGACUUCUGUCAGGAUUCCCUCAUAGGAGUACCAAUUCAUUAUCUAAAUGAUGGCUCUUAUUCCUAUAUGUUGACACCAGCAGUUUCACCUCCAUCAGUUGAUUCUGUUCUCGAAUGGCUAGCGCUUGAAGAAAAAGGUAGAGAACACACACGUGUGAAGCCCUUACCUGAUGGUUCCUCUCAAUUACCUCGUACGGAACCCUUGAAUAAUCGGCUUGACGGAGAAAAUCACAGAACUAUAGAUAUUGAAGGAUGUCAAAUGAAAGCUGAGCUUUUCCCAAGUGUUGAUGAAGGGUGUUUUUUGAGAGAAAAAGAUAUAACAAAGUUAUCACAAGACAUCUCUCAGAUUUCAGGACCCAGUGGGCAGUCAAAGCCUACUCCUCUCAGUCAAACUGGCUUUAGAGACCCUGCCAGUGUUGGCGCUGGCCAACAGUUGACACUGUUCAGUAUAGAGGUCCAAGCAGAAUCUAGGGGAGAUCUUCAACCUGAUCCGCGGCAUGAUACCAUAAAUAUCGUUGUCAUAGCAGUCCAGAAUGAUAGUGGGCCGUCUGCCAACAUUUAUGUACUUCUGCGUGAUGCAAAUGAGGGUUGUGGAAUUGGUGGAAGAAACUUGGAUGGAAUAUCUGGAUGCAGGAUGCUUGUUUUCCCUGAAGAGAGGGACUUGCUAGACAAAUUUAUAAGUAUAACAUGUUCAAUUGAUCCAGAUAUCUUAAUGGGAUGGGAUGUUCAAGGAAGCUCACUUGGAUUUUUAGCUGAGAGGGCUUCUCAUUUAGGUGUUAGCUUAAUUAAUAAGAUCUCUCGGAUACCAUCAGAAACAAAGACAGUCAAUAAAAUCCUGGAUACUUCGGACAAGGGAAAUGCUGAUGCUGUAUCUUCUGACUCUUUGAUGUCUGAUAUUGUUCUUGACGACAAUAAAAUAAUUGAGGAUGAAUGGGGUAGAACCCAUGCAAGUGGUGUCCAUGUAACUGGAAGAAUAGUCCUCAAUGUUUGGAGACUCGUGCGUAGCGAAGUUAAAUUAAAUAUGUAUUCCCUAGAAUCUGUGGCAGAAGCUGUUUUGAGGCGAAAGGUUCCAUCGAUUCAUUGGAAGAUAUUGAACAAGUGGUUUUCAAGUGGUCCAGGGAAAGCAAGAUUCAGAUGCAUUGAGUAUUUUAUGGAUAGGGUAAACUUGAACAUUGAUAUUGUUAACCAACUUGAUUUGAUAAACCGCACAUCAGAGCUAGCUCGUGUUUUUGGAAUCGACUUUUUUUCUGUUUUAUCUCGUGGCUCUCAGUAUCGUGUUGAAUCCAUGCUUGUAAGAUUGGCUCAUACACAGAAUUAUGUCCUUAUUUCUCCAGGGUAUCAACAGGUAGCCUCUCAACCUGCAAUGGAGUGCCUACCGCUUGUAAUGGAACCAGAAUCUGGUUUCUACUCAGAUCCAGUCGUCGUUUUGGAUUUUCAGUCACUCUAUCCAUCCAUGAUAAUUGCAUACAAUCUCUGUUUUUCUACCUGCCUCGGCAAUGUUGUCCCUUCAAAAGCAGAUUGCCUUGGGGUCAGCUCAUACUCGCCAGAUAUUCAUAUUUUGAAGGAUUUAAAUCAACAGAUACUGGUUACCCCUAAUGGUGUUAUGUAUGUGCCUUCUCAGGUGUGUAAAGGUGUUCUACCUCGACUGUUGGAGGAAAUUUUGUCAACUAGGGUUAUGGUGAAGCAAGCAAUGAAGUCGCUGGCACCUUCAAAGAAAGUUCUUCAGAGGAUAUUUAAUGCUAGACAACUUGCUUUAAAGCUAAUAGCAAAUGUUACUUACGGAUACACAGCUGCUGGAUUUAGUGGUCGCAUGCCUUGUGCAGAGCUGGCAGACAGCAUUGUUCAGUGUGGUCGUAGGACUCUUGAACAUGCUAUUUCAUUUGUCAAUACACAUGAUGAAUGGAAUGCUAGAGUUCUCUACGGUGAUACCGACAGCAUGUUUGUUCUUCUUAAAGGGCGCACCUUGAAAGAGGCUUUUCAAAUUGGGAAUGAGAUAGCUUCCAUGAUUACAGCAAUGAACCCAAAUCCAGUCAAAUUGAAGAUGGAGAAAGUCUAUCAGUCCUGCUUUCUUCUUACUAAAAAGCGAUAUGUUGGAUACAGUUUUGAGAGCCUCAAUCAACUAGAACCUAUGUUUGAUGCUAAAGGCAUUGAGACAGUUCGCAGAGACACAUGUCCUGCUGUUGCAAAGAUUAUGGAGAAGUCACUAAGAAUGUUUUUUGAAUGCAAGGAUAUUACCAAGGUUAAAGCUUAUCUACAGCGCCAAUGGUCCAGAAUCCUCUCAGCAAGAGUGUCCAUUCAAGAUUUUGUCUUUGCAAAAGAGGUCCGGUUGGGCACCUACAGUACAAGGACUUCAUCAUCACUGCCUCCAGCAGCAAUUGUUGCCUCUAAAGCAAUGAGAGUGGAUCCAAGAGCAGAACCUCGAUAUGCUGAACGUGUCUCUUAUGUUGUUGUCCAUGGAGAGCCUGGUGCCCGUUUGUUUGACAUGGUUGUUGAUCCACAGGAACUCUUGUCCAUGGACUCUCCAUACAGACUGAAUGAUUUGUAUUACAUCACAAAGCAGAUAAUACCAGCAUUACAGCGGGUAUUUGGGCUUGUUGGUGCUGAUUUAAAGCAGUGGUUUCAGGAGAUGCCUCGGCCUGUUAGGGAUGCUCCUGCAAAGCAACACUUUAGUGCUGCAAAUUCUCUUCGAGCUAGAAUUGAUUAUUACUAUUCCUCAAAACAUUGUGUACUCUGUGGAGAACUUGUCCAAACAGCUAACUAUUUUUGUGAGAUAUGUUCCAAGAAGGGUCCUGUUACUGUUGCAGCUAUGACGGGAAGAACCUUGAAAUUGGAGAGGGAUAUCCAACACCUUGUUGCUAUUUGUCGGCAUUGUGGAGGCGGAGAUUGGCUGGUAGAAAGUGGUAUCAAGUGUACCUCACUUGCAUGUUCAGUAUACUAUGAGAGGCGGAAAGUUCAGAAAGAGCUGCGGGCUCUCUCUGGUAUUGCAACUGAAGCGGGAUUUUAUCCUAGGUGUAUGGUGGAGUGGUUCUGAAUCUGGUCAUUUUUUUCUCCUUGAAAGAAACCGCAAGUUGACAGUGAGAUAGGCGAUGAUGGAUAUGUCUAGGUUCUAAGGGUUAGGAAUUUUUCCUCCUGCCCGCUUGGAUUGGGUGUAAUGAGUUAUGGGGGUAAUAAAAGUCAAACCACCAUAAUAAAAGGACAAUGAAGGUGAAUUGAGGUGGUUGUAAGGAGGGUGGUGUGGUGGUAUUGUGAUGAGAAGUUGUGGUAGUGGUGGUGUUGUGAGGAGAAGGGAGGAAGGGGGGAAGUAAUUACCCCAAAUGAGGGUAAUAAUCAUCCUAGUGGGAUGGUGGGUAACUAUUCCCCCCAUGAGGAGGGUAUUUGUUCCCCCUUCCUUUUUAUUUUCUUCUUGCCAACACUAGCUUUUUCCCUUUGCCACCACUUCACCCCUCAUCAUCACCUUCAAUUACCUUAGUUUGACUUUUACCCCUUUAAUACAUUACCCUCAAUCCAAACAUGCCCUGAAUGUGAAUGUGAAUGUGAAAAAGGAGUCUGGUAUUGUACGGGUUCAAAUGUAUUUGGCCUUUUGUGGCCGCGUCUUUUUUGUAUAGAUAGUUUGUAUGCACAUUUCCUCGUGUAAAGAUAAAAUCAUAUAUACUAGAAGCUUUGCGAAUUGGAGUAGGUAAUAACACUAGAAGCUUUGCGAAUUUACUAUUGUGUAACUUGUGUUGUAUGUCUUGUUCUAUAUAAAUUUAUACCCUGUCAUAUUAAUCGAAAUAUUUUCUUAUGCUUGCUUAA